AUGAUUAUAAACGAAGCAAAAUUAUUUAAUUGUAAAUAGAAAAAUCUAAGAAUAAAUGAGUUAAAAUAAAUAAAUGGUCAUUAUGGUAGAGUAAAUUCAGUUUCCUUUACUCAAGAUGGUCAGUUCUUAAUUUCUUGCAGCAAUGAUAAGUCCAUUCAUUUUCGGGAUGCAAAAACAGGAAAAAUUAAGAUUUUUUUUAAGGUGAGAGCGAGGUAAAAUCAGUAUGUACCUGUUCUACAUUAGCAUCUAGCAGUGAUGAAACAGUGUAUUUAUGAAAAUAAAUGUCAAAAUUAAUUGGUCAUGCUAGUUUGUUAUAUGGAUGGAUCUUUAAAAUUAAUACAACUUGUCAAAAAACAUUAAAAUAUCGGUUCAAGAAAUACUUAAUGGAAUUAUGUUGAAAUAUCAGAAUAGUUUUCGAUGCUUAUUGCUCUUAUAAAAAUCACUUAGACCAACUUUUUAAUUAUUUAGACUUGA